GAGCACCAGGAAGCGCAUGGGCAGCUACUGGCGGUACAUUAGAUUUUGGGCACCGCUUUGCCUCGCGUAACUCGAAUAUCAAUAACUGCUUAACGUGGCUGUGCCUACAGUCAAAUUGAGCGUUGCUGUUUUUGUCUAUUUCGGAUACAUAUCGAAUUUAAUGUAAAACAUCAGCUCACGGCGGUGAGUUAAAAGGACAUUGUCCGAUAAUAGAUCUACUGCUAGGUAAACGAGAUGGGGCUGCUUCUUCACCGGCUAGUUAUAACAUAACCUGAGCAAUGACUUCAGUUGUGGCUGUUCCCACAGGCACGUGUACCGUACACAGUCCCACAAAUAUAACUUAACUAUAAAUACAUCUCCACUCAACCCAGUCCGUCUUCAGACACCUAGUUGCCUGCUAGCUUGAUGGCUUCCCAAGGUUUGCUGUUUAUGAAUAGGAGCCUGACAUCACAAAGCACAAGUGAAGGAACUGCCCCUCAAAUGGCUCACCCAACCCCUCAGCUGGAUGCUCUGUGACAGAGAGAAGUGAGUGGACCACAGAAAUACUGAAGCAUACUACCAUGGAAGAUACUCAGCCCACAAUUGCUACAACUGAGCCCAGUCCAGCGCCCAGUCCUGCACACAGUCCUGCUCCUAGUCCGACACCCAGUCCAGUACCCAGCCCACUUCUGGACAGAAUUGCUUUACCUGCAGGAAAUCAUGUGGAGCACCUAAAUGUGAACCAGAUCCAGGUGGUGGUACGGCGCUGCUCCAGUCCAAAUGUGACAGAGGAGACAACUUAUUUUCUUCCUCGAAACCCAGUGGUGGAUACUGGCACAAACACAGACCCACCAGUGGUCUGCUGCCCCUUGCUCCGCAGAUUUUGUCCAUGUCCACCAAGAGGCCUCUGGGCCUCUCUUAUUACCAAAGUCCUUUUGGCAGCUGUACUCUUUGGAGUGGUUUGGUCAAUCACAGAGGACGAAUGUCUUCCAGGGGGAAACCUGUUUGGCAUAACAGUGCUCUUCCUCUGUGCACUCAUCGGAGGCAAAUUGGUGGCUCUCAUCCGUCUUCCCAAACUCCCACCAUUCCCACCACUCCUGGGUAUGCUGCUUAUGGGCUUCAUGCUGAGGAACACCCCAGUGAUAACAACAGGAGUGAACAUUAACGUCAGAUGGUCAUCAUCACUGAGGAACAUUGCUCUGGCUGUCAUUCUUGCCAGAGCUGGUCUUGGGUUGGAUUCCACGGCUCUGGUGAAACUUAAGUCAGUGUGUAUACGUGUGGCAGUGGGACCCUGCAUAAUCGAGGCAUGCACCGUAGCUCUUGUUUCUCACUUCCUCUUGGGCUUGCCCUGGGUGUGGGGCUUCAUCCUCGGAUUUGUAUUGGGUGCUGUGUCUCCAGCAGUGGUGGUUCCCUCCAUGCUGUUGCUGCAGAAGGAUGGUUAUGGCGUGGAGCAGGGCAUCCCCACUUUGCUGAUGGCCGCGGGCAGCUUCGACGACAUUCUUGCCAUCACUGGAUUCACCACAUGCUUGGGCAUGGCCUUCGCUACAGGCUCUACAUGGUACAACCUCCUGAGAGGUGUACUGGAGGUAGCUGGUGGGAUGGUUGCUGGGAUUCUCCUUGGCUUUCUCAUCCAGUACUUUCCUAGUGUUGACCAGAAACAUUUAGUGAUGAAGCGUUCCUUCUUGGUGCUGGGUCUGUCCGUCUUUGCCGUGUUUGGCAGCAACGUUGCAGGCUUUCCUGGCUCCGGCGGCCUCUGCACUCUGGUGUUGGCCUUUCUGGCUGGUAUCGGCUGGGGCGCAGAAAAGGCAUGUGUGGAGGAAGUGGUGGGGUGGGCGUGGGACGUGUUUGAGCCACUGCUCUUUGGACUCAUAGGAGCAGAGAUCCAAGUGUCUCAGCUGGAGGGACACACAGUUGGUCUGGGCAUCGCCUCUCUACUCAUUGCCCUCACGGUACGAAUCCUGUUCACCUACGCGUGCGUGUUGUGUGCGGGCUUUAACAUGAAGGAAAGGGUGUUCAUAGCCCUUGCAUGGAUGCCCAAAGCCACAGUGCAGGCAGCCAUAGGCUCCACAGCCUUAGACAUGGCCAGAAAAAAGGAUGACACACAGCUGCAGAAGUAUGGCCUGGAUGUGUUGACAGUGGCUGUGCUGUCCAUCCUCCUCACAGCUCCUGUUGGAGCUAUUAUUAUAGGACUUUCUGGGCCUCACCUAUUACAGAGACCGAAGAACUCAGCCUGUGGUGAGCGAGUCAAACACAAUUUAUCAGCUUUUUUCUUAGGGACUGAAGCAGCAGCAGGAGAAGACGACAAUGAAACUCCCGUCACCUACGAAAGUACACUCUGACACGACAUGUCUUCACCCAGCAAGCAAGGACAUUCAAGAACAUUUCCGGUGUGCUUUCAUGCCUAGGAUAUUU